AUGGGCAUCAAGCUUAACGACACAGUGGAGAAGGUUCUGAAACACCACCGCAUUCGAAGACAUCGACAAGAAAUUUUCAAUACCAUUGAAAAAGAAAUCACUACUCUACGUCAGCGAGGAGUGAGUCAAACAGAGGAUGUCAGAUUGUGGAAAGCAGGGGAGAGUAACUACAGAGCAGAGUUUAGUUCCAAAGCAACAUGGAAGCUUCUCCGUGUUGAGCAAGCAAAGGUCGACUGGCAUAAAGGAAUCUGGUUCCCCUACAGCACUCCUCGUUAUUCAUUUAUGGCUUGGGUUGCAGCUCAGAACAGACUCCCCACAGGAUAG